ACGCUCGCCAGUCGAAACGGAGCAACCGUGCAACACGGAGACGGAGAGAGCCGUAAGGGCCCGGAAAGUGGCAUGCGAGUACAGUUUCGGGUCGGUGCGUUUUGUUCAGUCAUUACGACCAACACUAGGCGCAAAAAAGAAUUUCACAUUUUUCCGUGAAUAAUGAAUGAAUUACUAUUGGAUGGAAAUGUUGCGGUGUUUUCCUUGUAGACGAGGACGAUGCUUCGUAUAGAUUCAUCGAUCGGUUUAACGGAAGAGAAACGUCAACUGAUCCUAUCAAGUGUGGUUCGUCCUCAAAGGAUCGAUAAAAAGCAGCACAGUGUUUGACUGAUUUCAUAUUUUGUCUUCAGUCAUUAUUUGUGUUGAAAGAAAUUACGCGAGUGCAUAAACUUAGUGUCAAUCUGCUGCCAGUGUCGGAAAUUCCUUCAUCGGCCUGCCUCCUCUAUUUUGAAGUUGUCGUGAAAAAUCGGAAGACUACCUUGAUCUCAACUGAUACCACUACGAUGCUAGUUUUACAACUACACGAUUUCCAAUCAGACUUAGACACCGGGUUCCCAGUUUCAUAUUGUGUCGUAUAAUCGCGGGCUUUUUUAGCUUUCAUCUCUCUUUCUCCCCUGGUGUCACUUUGAAAAAAUCAUUAUAUCCUUGCAUUCAUCGUGAAAGUGGGACGAUGCGAAAAUUUAAGAUAAGGAAGAGACCGAAAUCCCACCUCAAGUGUCAUCGCGUGGGACUUGAACCCUAAACUGUCAACAGAGGCGUUGAAGUCACGCCGCGCGUCACGAAAUCAGCGAGUCCAUCGGGAUGGAGUCUUGUGUAGACUCGCCGAGAGGAUCAUUCAGGAGCUCGGAGAAGAGUCCAGAGCGACUGAAUAGAGCCUUGCUCAGAGAAAAGGAAUUCCUCGACUUUAUCACCGGUCUACCGGCCAUGUCGCCGGAAAGCGUGUCAAACGCCGCCCAGAAAGAGACAGAGAUGCCUAUCUCGACGGAGGCGCAGUCGGGAGGACUGGAACACCUGGAGCAGCUCCACCGGCUCAUGGAGCACUUGGGGCAGCUCAAGCGGCAGAACUCCAAACUCCAAAAGCGGGUGCUCUACCUGGAGAGCUCGGACCGCUCGGAGGAUGGCGAGCAAGGUGGACAGGUGUUGAGCCGGGACAAGCGGAGCAUCAAGUCCAAGUCCUCUUACUACGGGAACCGCUCCGUGGUGCGCUCGCCGAGGGAGAGGAGCAAGUCCCUGGCGACCCCAUCGUCGCGCGAGCUCAAGGCCAUGUCCAGCCUGGCCAAGUCCCGGGUCUCCAAGUGGACCAAGGUGAAGGAGGCCUUCAAGUGGGAGAAGACCUGCGAGAACCUGCCGGAGGCCAAGUCGGAGGACUCCGGGAUCAGCACCGGCGAGGACUCGCGGCAUCUCCAGGUGCCGCACCCCCACUCGGCCAGCGACCACUCUCAUUCCUCGGUCAGCGUCAGCCCCGCGGAUUCCGUGCUCAGCGGACACUUCAGCUACGAUCAGCUCACCGGUGAUUUCGUCGGCAACCACCGAGCUUGGUCUUCGUCCGGGGAAGAGUUCGAGCAUGAUCUCCAGUCCGGCCUCGAGAACAAAGAUUUAAAAGACGAACAGUAUGAGCAGAAACUUGCUGAGAUAGCGAAUGGAGUCCAAAGGAGCAAAUCACUGGAUUGUGAACACAUUAGGGAAGUGGUAGCAUCUUUAGAUGAAAGUCUGUACGAUAAGCUCCAGGAGACAAAUGGUGGUAAGAUAGAAGCCCAGCAACAGAAGAUACACAAAACGCCCUGGGGAAAAGUUAAAGGGAUCAUCCAAACGAGGAAAGGAAGUCUGAAGAAAAAAAAGAACAGCACAACUAGUGAAGAGGGACCCGUCAUUGGAGACAGCGAUGAGGAACCAGUGCCGAUCUCAACUCCUGAAAUAACAUUCACAGAAAACGCAGCUAAAGAUUUUAGCUCGGUGUCUUCAACUCCAACUUCGAAACGAGGUAAAGAGUUUGAGGAUCUGCCGCAGUUUAGACCGGAUCAAAUGGGAGGUUCAAUAAACAAACGUAGACUGUUCGCUCCUUUGCUGACCCUGACUCUUCCGUCGACAGAGGAACUGCGGGCAGGAAUACCGACAGUGCCCUCAACGUCUUCCAAAUCACCGUCCCCCCAGUCCGCCCAGUUCUCUACUCCCAAAGAUGCUUUCCCUUUCAGGGACGAUACUCAAUCGGCGCUGUUUGACAACAAGGAAGUUUUGCCGCCGUCUCGCUUGUCAAAAUGGUCCAAAGUUAAGAACGCAUUCCUGACGUCAACAAUUCCUUCUUCCUCGAGCGUCCACGUCAGCUCUUCCGUUCCGUCCAGUCCCAGCCGGGUUUCCAGUUUUAUUUACGAUUUAGAACCUGACGAUUUAGAGGGUGGAGAUUCAGGGGAGGACGCAAGGAAAGAUGACGUGUUCCCGGAAGAUAGCCGAGUGGACGUUCAAAAGACGUACAGACAGCUCCAGAUGAAACUUAGUGCUGAAUUUAGCAAGAAGCUGAAUGAGUGGGAGCAGCUGAAGAGCUCCGGGCCCACCCAAAAUUAUCCUAUCACUGCCGGAAGGACAGUCGCCAACAUGGAAGAACUUACAGGAUCAAAGGUCUCUCGCGGGAAAGAGCACUGGGAGUCGAAAUCCUGUUCCCAAAUAGCCCAGCUAAGUCAGCUGAGUCACCUUACGCAGAGCCAAGCGAGGGAGGUUGCCGCUCUCCAACAGCUCGGCGAAGAUAACCUCUCGGCCGAGUUCAAGAAGAAGCUGGAGGAGUGGGAAAAACUCAAACAUGUCACGUCCGAGUCGCCGACAUCUUGCAGUCCGAGCUCGCGGCAACUCCACUUCCGCAAAAAAAUCGCCGACUGGCAGCGCUGGAUGCCUGGAGGCGGUUCGAAAUUGGAGGGGAGCGGAGCGCCGCACACGUCGAGCUCUUCCUCGGAGCAGUUGCAGGAGGACUACCUGCGGGGCCUGGACGAGUACCGGGUGAGCAGCCCGAAGCUGAGUCGGAAGGAGCUGGAGCUGCUGACGGAGAAGAAGAAGCGCGGGUUCGGGCGGGUCCGCUCGAGCGACAGCGGGAGCACGACCCCCUCGCCGUCGCCGACCGCCCCCGGGACCGGGGGGCGCAAGAGGGACGACAUCCGCUACUCCUACGUCAGGACCCACUUCCCGGGCAAGAGCCACCAUCAAGGCGUCAAGGAACUCGCCUGGCUCGAGAAGGAACUCACCAAGAUCGAGAGGGAGAAGCAGCGCCUCGAGAGGGAGAAGGAGAAGUACGAGGAACGGCUAGCCAGGUUGGAGAAGAUGAAAACUGCCAUUGGGAUCGAUAUAAAGAAGAAGGAAGUGCUCGUGCCGACGUCAACAGGGCUGGUGAGAUUUCAGGGGAUAUCGCAAAAGUUCACGCGGAAGCUGUAUGAGUGGGAAAACGCCCGUGGGAUCCGACCAGAAGCUUCAACUUUUGCUCUCCUUCAGCCGGGUUACAGGCCUGCCAUCAAAAGGAACGCCAUGAACAAAGAGGGAGAGGGAAAUCUGCCGAGAUCCCGGUCCAUGGGCAGUGUUACUGAUUUGUCUUCGGCGGACCCUGUUCAGCCUGGCAUGAUGACUCACCAGCCUUCCAGUUUAUCUCUCAAUGAUAUGGACGAUCUCUCCGGCUCAGAACUUCCGGAUGAUGGCGCUAUGACAGACUCCGGGGAAGAUGAAAUGCCCGAGGCGCUAAUUGUCGAGGUAGAAGAUGUUGUCGAGGAGACGGCUUCUGCCUUGUCCAAUAGCCCUAUCGCUGUAGCUCACACGCCUAUCUAUCGAUAUACCAAUGUCCCGAGAGAAAUUACCUCCCUCAGCUACAGGACAUUUGAUCAUGAAAACGCCAGUGAAGAUGAAGAUUCGCCACAAAAAGCAAGUCAGUUUUUGUUGGAAAGAAAUAUCGAUCUACUGGGACAGUUUGAGUCAGAGCAAGGAAUUUGUCGAAAAUUGGAAGAUGAAAUGGAAAAUGUGAACGAGCAAAUGAACUUAGUUUUGAGGAGCAAAGAGGAACAAACAGAUAGCUUAGAAAGAGCCAGUAAAAGUAUCGAUAUUCCAAGCGAAGAGAGUGAGGAGCACAUUACUCGGCUGAAACGAAGUAUAAAAGAAUUGGAACGGCAUCAUGAAUUAUUGCGACAAGAAAAUGAAAAUUUACAGACUGACCUGUCUAACAGAAAUGAGCAGCAAGCUGCCAUAGCACAAGAUUUAGUCGGCACUGUGAAAAGAUUGCAGCUCAUACACAGCGACAGGAACUCACAAGAACCGAAUCAGAUUAAAGACUUCGCGUCAGUGCAAGCUCUGUCAUCUCAGCUUCUCCAAAUGGCUGAGAGACUUCAAACAGUGAUGGGAAGCAAAUUAGAGGGGAAUGACUUAGAGACUGCAUCAAAUGAAAUGAUUCAACUACCAUUCCAGUUAACUAAGAAAGUAAUGGAACUGAAGCAAGCAUUAAAUGCUUACGAAAGUUUCACAGACAAAUCUGCUCUGUCCGCAAGCACUGCGGACGAAGUUCCCAGCGUCACGGUAAAAUUCUUGCGAAGAAAGAAAAGCGACACGACGCAGGAGGCGGGGUCAGGCGAGAGCUUCACGUGGACGGCGGGCUUGGAUUCGCCGGUGACGGAGGCAGUGAUCAGCCUUCCGCGGCCGCGAUUGGAGGAUCACGACGCCGGCGCAGCGGACGACGAGACGGAUCGACCGCCGUCCCGGGACCAGGACGACGCCGAAGCGAAGGCCUCCACGAAGGCUCCCGCCUCGAGGAAGAAGCUAAUGCGGACAAAAUCCUUCAAAAGGAAACCAUCGCAGGGGAAAGAGGACGCAGUGGGCACUGGGGUAGAAAGCAGCCGGAGCUGCGAGGAGAUCGGAGCAUCCAGGUCCAAGUCUGAGACCUCGACGCGGCUGAAACGGGAGAGACGGGUGGUCAAGUCCAGACGCGAAAUGGACCUCAGCAAGCUCUGCAGAGAUGACGAGUCCGUCAAAGUCCCAGCCUCUUCUCCGCCGAGUUGGAGCAGAAAGAACACCGAUACCAGCACCGCAGACAAUAACAACAACAACGAUACCUUCGUCGGGCAGUUCGAUCCAUCCAUGUUAGACGAUAGCUGCGUCGAAGGCUCCAACUGUAACUCGAUGGCCAGUGUUUUCGUGCCCACCAAGCGGAAGAUCUUCUCGCCUUUGGUGAAGGACAGCAACGGCAACACAGAGUCGGUUAUCAGCUACGAGAUUCGAGAGAACCCCCCUCAGGAUACCGCCGAUGACAAGUCCAGAUCAGAAGUCAUUCCGCCGUGUUGGAGUUUGCACGAAGCCAAAUCCCAACCAGCAUCUCCUGCAUUCCAGAGAAAGGCCAGCCCUGAUAGGUCGGAGCCUAGAAAGUACGAUCCUUCCCAGACUAGAACGGAGAGGAGGUUCUCCGAACAAGACUCGGUGAGGAACGAGAACCUGUCCGGGGGGAACAGAGACAUCGGGUUCCCACCCAUGUCGCCCAUCUCCAGCCGACGAGAGCUCAAGAACUCGAAAGAGGCCGCUCCGAGCAUCAGGAUGAUGAUCGCCAAAUACAAUUUAAAAGUCAGUGGGUCGGGAGUCAAGAACGACACCAAGUCGGGGACGAUUUCUCCCGGCUGGCGGUCGCCCAUUGCCGAGAGGCGAGUUCUCACGCAAGUGGAGGGCUACCAGGAGGGUAUCGGUAGGUUAGCCAGGCACAACAACCCCUUCGAGAUGAAGAAGUCUGCCAGUGCGGGGGCCAUCGAGUUCAAAGACGACUUCUCAGAGGAAGCAACGUCAAAGCAGCGCAAGAAACCCGAGGAGGAACGCAAGGAUAUCUCAGUGCCGAAAUCGUCCAGCGAAGGUGCAAUGCGGCAGUACCUCAUCAAUUUUGAGGCGGAAUCUCAGGGUGAGACGCCGAGGGAGAAGCCGCAAAGGACGGUAUCCCAGAGUGAAAACGAGUCCCCCGUGCCGGCCAUCAAGUUGACUCUCUCCCAUUCCAAGACUGUAGGUAUGAUGCCUUCGUCCCGGCACCACGAGCUGCAUCGGAGCUCCUCCCGCGCCAUGAAGCUCCAGAAAGCCAAAGAAGAGUUUUUGUCGCGGGGUGCCAUUGCCAGCGCUGAGAGCCAGGCCACGAGUGAGUGCGGCACUUCCUCCAACACUCCCUCACUCUCCGUUUCCUCCGAGUGUGAUCUGGUCAGAGAUGACUACCACCAUCGCAGGGAUGCUGCCAGUCGUCAAAGCUACGGCAGCGAGUCCAGCUGCGGCGACGAUUCUUCGCUUGUGACCCUGGGCGAUGAUCACAGGUCGCUGGGGAUCGAUCGCUCGGCCCUGAUCAAGUCUGCGAGUGCAGGGAUGCUCACGUCGGAUUUCAACGAGGCGGACGCUCAGAAGGAUUCGUCGAGCACUGCCAGCAGCGCCAAGCAAAGCAAAUCCGCCUUCUCGAGCAUCGCCUCCAAGUUCCGGAAAGUGAAGAUGCGGCGUCAUAAAGAGCCGGAGCUCGGCCAGUUGGACACCGUUUCCGCGCUCUGUCGACAGAGUCUCGCCGUCAACGUCCAGCCUCCACCGCAGCCGACCAACAGCAAGAGUUGUCCUUCCUCGCCGGUCCUUCAGAGACCCGCCAAGAGUGGUUCUAAUUAUUCUAGUCCUCAGGGUUCUUGGAUUCCUAUCCCUGGUAAAAAGAAAUCCAAGUCCAGGAUUUUUUAGAUGUUGCAAAUACUUGUGUGUGUAUGAGUCGCUUUCACGGCGCGCUAGGGCGCUCUGCGACGCCUGCUCGCCACAAGAAUCUGUCAUGGUUGAGAUCCUCCGGAUGCUGACAUCUCUCCGUCUCUUCUCGAAUGCCUUCUACCCACCGUUUGGCUGGACGCCCUCUUCGUCGCCUAUAUCUGGAGGGACCCACUCCAACACCUGGAAAUACUUUUUUUUUAAAGUAAACGAAGAGAUCCCAUCCGAUAAGACUAUUUUUGAAUCGACUACUUGGAACUGGGGAAAAAUACUUUCGUCCAUUUGUAAAGGGUUGGUACAAUUACCGAGCACAUUUUUUGCACAUUUACCGACGCGAGCGUCAUACGUUUUUACAUGUAUCAUCGUAAAGAUCGGUGGUGUAAUUAAUUAAAGAAAUGACUCUUGAAUGCAGUAAAUCUAGUGAUAAAACUGAGAGAACCCUCUUAUAUGAAACGAGUCUAUGUAAAACGAUUACUGUGCAAUAUUCACUUCAAAGCAUUAUUUAAACGGUUCCUACUUCCAUUAAGAAUUGAAUAAAAUGUUAUUCACAUGGAUUGGUACACAACGCCAUAUUGAGGUACGUGGAAUAUGACCUCAAGGGAAAUCCAUAUACCAUAAUAAUUCUAGAUUUUCCUCGAAUUUUGCGAGGAGAUUCAAGAAUUUUCUCUAGGAAAUUUAUUGUCUCUUCGAAAUUACCUCAGAAAGUUCAUGAAAGGAGGGAACUCUGUUAUUAACUAAAUUGAAGAAUCGAAAAACUUAUGCCUUAUUCAAAUGAUACUUUUGGAAAAUGUGUUUCUGAAAACAUUGCAUUUAUUUAAUGAUGUAAAUAUGUUGACUUUUUUUCUAAAAAAUUGAAUGACUUUGUACAAAGUGCUGUGAAUAAGAUUUUGGUGUUUUUCUUAUGUAUGUAUGAAUGUUAGAAUUAUUUUGUUUCUGGAUAAAUAAAUAAUCUAUUAAACAUUU